CAAAGGUGACAGUGAAGAAAUGAUAGUAUCGACUAAAUUUAAAUAGAAACUACUAUUAGCACUUAUCUAAUUUCUUUGGACCGCUUCACUUCUUUGAACACCCUCAUCUUUUGAACCCUAACUUUUCCUCUGUAACGUACCAUACCGUCAGCAGUCCCUUCUCUCUCUCCCCUCCACUUCUUUUUCCUCCCCUUCGCAGUUGUGUCCAAAAUUCCCCUCAUUCUCUCCCUUUCUCUCUCUGAGCUAAUCCUCUAUAGUUAUCUUCGACUUCGCGAUCCUUAAUUUUACUUGUACGCUUCAAUUCUUCGUUCAAUUUUGCUUCGUCAUUGUGGCAUCUAAUGGUUUGAACUCGAAAAUUUGUGGGGUAUGGUUUGGAAAAUUAGGGUUAAGGUUAGGAUUAGAGUUUGAUACGUCAAUGGUCGUUUAGGGUUUCACUCUAAGUUGGCAAAAUCGUGUGUGGAGGUCUAAUCUGGUGAUGAUGGUAGCAGAUGCAGAUUCAUCGAUUUGCGAAGUAGAUCUGGAUGAUCUCAGAUAUGAGGUGAUCGACGCGAUGACGCAAUGGUGGGGGAUUUCUCAGCAAUGGCAAAACCUCAACGAUGAUGAUGAUGAUCUCCAAAAGAGAUGACGGCGAUGGUGUCUUCUCGUCGUCGAAAUCUAACACCGUCGACAAAUCGUCUUCGUGAAGCUGCGUCGCGAUGAAAAAGCAGCAGCAGCAGAGCUUCGAGGAGGUACCAAGCAACGGAAUGGCUAAGACAGAUGGACCAAGGAGCUUCGGAGGUACUUCCAAUAGAACCCUCCGAAGAACACUUCUGUCUUGCUCUCCGCAAUGGCCUCAUUCUCUGCAAUGUCCUCAACAAAGUCAAUCCUGGUGCUGUCCACAAGGUGGUGGAAAUUCCAAUCAUUGAUGUUCAGGCGACGGAGGGUGCAGCCCAGUCUGCAAUUCAGUAUUUUGAGAACAUGAGGAAUUUCCUCGUCGCCGUUGGCAAUAUGAAGCUCUUGACUUUUGAAGCCUCUGACUUAGAAAAGGGAGGCUCAUCAAGUAAAGUUGUAGACUGCAUUCUUUGUUUGAAAGGUUACUACGAGUGGAAACAGGCAGGUGGAAUUGGGGUUUGGAGGUAUGGUGGAACCGUGAGGAUCACAUCACUUCCAAAGGGGUCGCCAUCUUCAUUAGUUGGCAGUGAAAGUACUGAUGAGUCUUUGGAUGAAUCUGAAUCAUCACAAUAUGAACAGCUAUUGGAUUUUCUCCAUCUUUCCAGUGUGGUCUCAGUUGAAGAAUCCAAAGCUGCUAAUGCACUAACCUUCCUUUUUGAUGGUUUUGGGCUUGGACUGCUACAGGCUUAUCUCUCAGAAAGGAAUGGAAUUGAAGAUUUGCCUUUGAAUGCAAUGGUCAUUGAUACUGUACUCAGAAAGGCGGUUAAGGAUUUCUCUGCACAGCUUGUUUCUGAGGGCAUUCAGCUUGGACUUCUUCUAAAGAAAUUAUUGAUAGGCAAUGGGGUUCCUCUAUCAAAAACUGAAUUCCUAGAAGCCAUUUCAAGAUAUCUUGAUCAAAAAACUAGUUUGGCAUCAAGUGAUAUGUCCAAAUACUGCAUCUGUGGUGGGAAACGUGAAGUCAUCUGGCGUAAUAUAAGUCAUUCUGCUGGUGAUUUGGAACUACUUGAUCUUCAACAGAAACAGCUUGAGGAGCUAAAGUCAAGGUUUCAAGAGACAAAACUAGAAGUCAAGCAGGUUCAAGCAGGGUGGGAGGAAGAACAUAGAAGGCUUGUGCAUCAUAUUAAGGGACUUGAAGUGGCCUCUUCUUCCUAUCACAAAGUUUUGGAGGAAAACCGCCAACUUUACAAUCUAGUCCAAGACCUAAAAGGAACAAUUAGGGUUUACUGUAGAGUUAGGCCCUUCCUACCCGGACAAUCUGAUGGGCAGUCUACGGUGGAUUAUAUUGGAGAAAAUGGAAAUAUUAUGAUUGCCAAUCCUUAUAAGCAGGGUAAAGAUGCAAGAAGGGUGUUCGCUUUCAAUAAAGUGUUUGCAACAAAUGUGACCCAACAGCAAAUAUAUGCAGACACUCAGCCACUGGUCAGAUCUGUUCUAGAUGGUUAUAAUGUUUGCAUUUUUGCAUAUGGUCAGACUGGUUCAGGGAAGACAUACACAAUGAGUGGUCCUGACUUGAAUAUGGAGGAUACAUGGGGUGUAAACUAUCGAGCUUUGCGUGACUUGUUUGAAAUUUCAAAGGCAAGGGUGGACUUUAUAGAAUAUGAAGUCGGAGUCCAGAUGAUUGAAAUAUACAAUGAACAAGUGAGAGAUCUAUUGGUCAUUGAUGGAUCAAAUAGAAGGUUAGAUAUACGGAACAAUUCUCAAUUGAAUGGCCUCAAUGUGCCCGACGCAUGCUUGGUUCCUGUUAAAUGUACUCAAGAUGUUCUUGAUUUGAUGAAAAUAGGCCAAAAAAAUCGUGCUGUGGGCGCUACGGCUUUAAAUGAGCGUAGUAGCCGCUCUCAUAGCGUUUUGACAGUUCAUGUCCGAGGAAAAGAGUUACUUUCUGGAUCCAUUCUGAAGGGUUGCCUUCAUUUAGUGGAUCUGGCUGGAAGUGAGAGAGUGGACAAAUCUGAGGCUGUUGGUGAAAGACUGAAGGAAGCCCAACAUAUAAACAGAUCACUCUCUGCACUCGGAGAUGUCAUCUCUGCACUUGCACAAAAGAGUACACAUAUUCCUUACAGAAAUAGCAAGCUUACUCAAGUAUUACAAGAUUCUUUAGGUGGGCAUGCUAAGACAUUGAUGUUCGUUCAUAUAAAUCCCGAGGUUAAUUCUAUAGGAGAGACAAUUAGCACCCUCAAGUUUGCUGAGAGGGUUGCCUCGAUAGAGCUUGGAGCUGCUAGAUCUAAUAAAGAAACCGGUGAAAUCAGGGAUCUCAAAGAAGAGAUCUCAAACAUCAAGCUCGCCUUAGAGAGAAAGGAAGCUGAACUGGAGCAAUUGAAAAGUGGGAGUGCUCGAGGCACCAUAGAAUCCCAAAGAACACGAGCAGUUUCACCUAUGCAUAUUCCAAAAUGUGGUAUCAGUGCCAGCUUGAAGCCUGAUAUCUCUCAGCGCCCUAUCGAUGAUACCAGAAUCUUUGAGGCAAGGAGUUGUUCUUCAGGGAAGCAAAGACGGUCUCGUCUUCCCUCAAAGUUCUCAGACAAGGAUGUUAUACCAAAGAUGCCUUUCCUCACCGAAGAGAGACUAGUGAACAACUCUAGCAAGCCAAGGUCACCGUCCCCACCUGUGAGGAGAUCAAUGUCAACUGAUCGAGGGGCCCUAAUCAAAAGUAGGGUCAAGCCUGAGACAACUGAUAACCUACCAAUCACAAAACUCCAUUUUCCCACUAGAGUUUCUGUCAAUAAAUCCGUUGCCACAAUGCCGGUAAUCCCAUCAAUAGAGAGCAACGGCGGAGGAUUUUUGGCUCCACGAGAUGUACCCAAGCAGGAAAACAUAUCUGAUGCAUUUUUCAGCUUUCAGAGAGCCAUUUCGAAGAAAAUUCACCCAGAACAUGAAGAGGAACAGUUUAAGCAAGCGCUUAAUGUGAGGCAAGGGGGGAUUAGGAAAAGCAAGCCAGAAAGUAAGGUCAAGGCUAAGAAUCAACUGCCCACUAAAAUUCAGAAGCCUGAUGUUGCUGUGACAUUGCUUGCUGACAUUGACACUGGGGGAAAGAUGGAGGAAGCUCGAAAGAGUGACUUCUCCGAGCCUGAGAAUGAGCAAGGGCUUGUUGUUUCACCGGUACUUAGUACCUUGAGGGUGAAAAAACUUCAACGGAACCCGUCAAGGAGUAAUGUUGAACCAAGAGAACUAGUGCAGACGGUGGAGACCUUCCUAUCAGGAAAAAACGAACAGAGGGUUUCAAAUGGUGUUUUUCGCUAUCCAAAGGAACCCAGCAACUCAGCUAUGCCAGCAGCCAUGCCGGAAUUCAGGAGGAGCCGGUCUACACCGCGCGGGAAAUUUAUGGUUUUGCCUUGAGAGAAAAUCACUGUUAUGCAGGCAACAAGUUUUUAUUACAUUAAUUCUUUUUUUAUAGUUUUUGUACAGUAAACAAAACUAUUAUCAAUAUUGGAGUCCCGAGUUGCAUUAUUGUCUCUUAGGGAGAGAUUGAGAGAGCAUGGUGAAGCCAUAGGAGGUGUUAUUCUCAAACCUUUCUUCUUCACCAAUUUUAUUACUGAGUUUUCUUACAAAAUUAUCUGAAGUUUGAAUACUAUGUAAUUAAAAUCCAAAUUUGCUAUAUAUUAUAUUUGUCUUAUUUGUGUACUUCCAGUUGCAA